CGUCGACACGUUGCGCCGCUCCGCGCUCCUAGCGGACGACUAUAUUUCUCUAUGUUUGUGUAUCGUUAUAUGUAUGUGCGCACGAGCGUAAAGAGCAUCGAGUGACUCAGUGCAACCGCGACAGUCGGCAGGGUCGAGCUUUCACCUCGCGAUACGCAGUGAUUUUCGCCACGGACUUUGCACGCAACUGCGCCGAUGCUCGCGGCCGAGCCUAUCGUCGACGGCCGCUGCCUACGAGAAACAUAACCUCCGACGGUCGUCUCUGACACUCUACUCGCUCCAGUCCGAGUCUUUUACCUUGCGCCUUAAAAUCAGACGUAUCGCGUAUCCGGAUAAAUCUCCAACGUUUUCGAGGUUAUGUGCAAAUCUUGUGUCAUCGAGUUGUGCGCGUCGACGUCGUUGCUCGCGUGCGCAACCUGAGCGAGCUCGCUGAAUCGGCCUGCGAGUUCCAGCGCCCGGAGUCGCAAAAAAUCCCUCGAAGAGUGACCGUUUCUCGCGCUAAACAGUGCCUACCGUGUGCAGUGUUGACAGUCCAAGGCGCUCGCUCGCUCGCUUGUUCGCGCGCAGGCAGCUGUGCAGAUCUAGGCCUGCAUGUGUAUGUGCGUCGUACGUACGUAGCAGCACACAGGCGCACGCGACCGACUGUGUGCAGUACUGUGCUCCAUAGGUGAAGCGUGUGUGCGUAUACAGAGAAGAGAGAAACGGAGCAUCAGCAGCAGCAGCGGGGUAAAGAAACUCGCGCAAGGCCACGCUACGUUGCCUUUGCCCAUACGAUAUUCCACUUCUGCAGCAGCCCGAUCUUCUUGCCUUCUCUCGCUCUCUUCUUUCUCUCUCUCGAUCGUAUUCUUGCUCGCUGGAACAGACUGUGAAAUCCGCCGCGCUGCGUCUUGCUGCGCCGAGGGAUUCCUCGCUCUCCUCUUUUCGCUCUCUUCGCUCUCUUUUUCCUGGAUCGGAGUAGUAUCGCCCGUGGCCCUUUUUUGUCCUCGCAUCGCCACGACGGCCGACACGACCAACGACGACUGUACGCCGCUAUUGCUGCGCUCCGCGUUCGACGCAACCAACCCACAUGUCUCUUGCCAUGAGUUGAAGACAAAGCUUGACCAGCAAUGGGCUUCGCUGAGCAGCAUCAACAUCAACGGCUUCAGAGGAAACAUCAAAAACCACCGAGCAGCCGACUUCCCUUUCGUGAAACUGGAUAAGCAUCUAAUACAUCAGUAUCUUUAUUACACGAGUGGGCGCACGGACGAAGAGCAACGGAAGUCGCGCUCGGAAAAGUAGCGCCUGACAAAAGUGUAAAUCUCACGUAAAAAGAAAUUCAUAGGGUGAAGCGUGUGCGUACGAAAAAGCUCUAAGAGAGACAGGUCACGUAACAGAUAGUCUACUUCCUCGCGCGAAGCUUUACAUCGUCUCGUCCUCGGCAUUGCACAUACAUACAUCCGAAACGAUAUUUCUUCACGAACGCGUUCAAUUUCUCGGGGCGACGCUGCUGAGACGCUACAGCCGAGCGCCACCGUAGCUAUAUCAGUCGUAAAUCUCGACCGUCACUUUACAAUUACGAAUUUAAAGUUCACACAGAAGAGCGAAAGGAGCUGCAUGUAUAGCACAUAUAAAUCGUCACGUUGCCCAUGGAGCAGCGGUAGCAGAUUCAGUGACACUAGCGACUGCGUUUUAACGCCUUGGAAAAGUAAAAUAGGUAUUUUGUUUGUUUUAUGUGCACGUGAACGCUUUGGCAAGAAAAGCUCGGAUAAGAAAAUACGACAAAUAGAGAGCGGCUAGGCAGCGGCGGCCUGCAAGCUCGGAUGGGUUAGCUUACGUUGCCCGCGCCAUUACUACUGUCGCAGAGAAAGAGAGAGAGAGAGAGAGAGUUGGCGUGCGGUAGUGCGCAAUGGACGCAAAGUACAGCGCCAGCAGUAGCAGCAGCAACAGCAGCAGCAGUGCUUGGCGGUUGUGGCACGUUGGUGUCGGGCUUAAUUCGCGGACGCAGCAACAAGUGGCGUCGGGACGUGCCAUAAUAAAGCCCCGCAAACCGCCAAGAGUAGUCUACCAAGGCCGCGAGAGUGCAGCUGCAUUACAAGCCUAGAUAUAAAUAUUAGCGAGAGAGUGACAACUUUGCGCGAGAGCCGUGCGAUAAUUUUCACUCGAACGUUUCGAGAGUACGAGAGAGUAUAAAAUAAAGUAAAGAAGAAAAAGAAGCAAGGCGAAUGCAGGUGGAAAAAGGACAACUGCGACGACCAGUGUGGCGGAUUAUAUCGGAAGAAGAAGCCACCGUCGCCGCAGCCGACGCCACUGGGCAUUAAGCCAAACGAAUCGAUCUUUGGCGACAGUCUGCACUUAAAACUCGGCAAAACGAGCUUUCGCAGUUAUAUAUUAUAUUGUAAGACGGAUAAGGAGGUGUCUACCUAUAACAGACCAUAAGCAAGAUGAAGCUGACGACGAGCGAGGCGAUGGUGCCGCUGCUGGGCGCUCUCGCACCCCGAUACGUCGUGAAGCAAGCGACGGUCAAGAGAUGCGUUGCGGCUUUGCUGCUCGUCUCGAUGGCCAGCAUUUUCUAUUACACCCACUACAUCAUCAGCAGUCCUUUGGCUAGUCUGAUUCAUCGAGACACGAGACCCGAGCCAGCAAUACGAUGCUCCACACUCAAGGGCGCAACGAGACUGCCCAAGGCACCUGACCAUCGUAGCGAAGCCAGGUUGAGGAUAGAUCCAAAGGUACUGGUCUUCGUGGAAACGCUCUACUCGAGAUUGGGUAGGGAGAUUGCAGAGCUGCUCGUCUACAAUCGUAUCAAGUACAAAGUCGAAGUGGCAGGUAAGUCGCUGCCAGUCUUAACGAAUCUGGACAAGGGUCGCUACGGCGUGUUGAUCUUCGAGAACCUGAACAAAUACCUCCAGAUGGACAAGUGGAAUCGUGAGCUUCUCGACAAAUACUGCCGUGAAUAUUCCGUUGGCAUCGUCGGCUUCACGCCCCCGGCUGAGGAGAGUCUCGUUGGUGCUCAGCUCAAGGGUUUCCCUUUGUUCGUACACACUAAUCUUCGGCUGAAGGAUGCUCAGCUAAACGCGGCCUCGCCAAUUUUGAGACUGACCAGGGCUGGAGAGACGGCUUGGGGACCACUGCCCGGUUACGACUGGACCAUAUUUCAAGCUAAUCACAGUACAUACGAGCCAUUAGCCUGGGCACAUCGGGACAAUCUCGAUUACUCGCACAACAGAAGUCCUCUCGCCACUGUCAUGCAGGACCACGGCAGAUACGACGGCAUACAGCGCGUAUUUUUCGGCGGGGGACUGAAAUUCUGGCUGCACAAGCUCCUGUUGCUCGACUCGCUGUCUUAUCUGUCGCAUGGACAGCUGAGCCUCAGCCUCAAUCGCAUGAUCCUCGUCGACGUCGACGAUAUAUUCGUCGGAGAGAAGGGCACGCGACUGAAGAAGGACGACGUGCUGGCCCUAUUGGCGACGCAGCAGCGCAUCCAGGCACUGGUGCCGGGUUUUAGAUUUAAUUUGGGCUUUUCCGGCAAGUACUUUCACCACGGCACAUCGGAGGAGAACUUGGGCGACGACAUGAUACUCGAGAACGUCGACAGGUUCACGUGGUUUUCACACAUGUGGAAUCAUCAGCAGCCUCAUUUGUACGAGAACGUGACGCAUCUGCAAAUGGAUAUGAUGCUGAACAAGCAAUUCGCCAAGGAGCACGGCAUACCAACUACGAGUGGCUACAGCGUCAGUCCUCAUCACUCGGGCGUUUAUCCAGUCCACGAGGGCUUGUACGAGGCCUGGAAAAGAGUUUGGAAUAUCAAAGUCACCAGCACGGAGGAGUAUCCGCAUUUGAGGCCGGCUAGGCUCAGGCGAGGCUUUGUGCAUCGUGGCAUUAUGGUACUUCCCCGGCAAACGUGUGGUCUAUUUACGCACACAAUAUUUAUCGAGAGAUACCCUGGAGGCCGAGACAAACUCGACGAGUCCAUACAAGGGGGCGAGCUCUUUCAGACAAUCGUUUACAAUCCUAUAAACAUCUUCAUGACGCACAUGUCAAAUUACGGCAAUGAUCGUCUAGCUUUGUACACAUUUGAGUCGGUUAUAAAAUUUAUUCAGUGCUGGACGAAUCUUCGUCUUUCCAGUGCUCCACCCCUUCAACUUGGAGAGAGGUACUUUCAAAUGUAUUCUGAAGAAACCGAUCCUGUCUGGGGUAACCCUUGCGACGAUCAACGACAUCAAAAAAUUUGGUCUAAAAACAAAACUUGCGAUCAGCUGCCGAGAUUUUUAGUAAUUGGACCGCAAAAAACUGGUACUACAGCUCUGUACACGUUCCUGUCUCUUCAUCCAGCCAUUAGCAGCAAUCUCCCCAGUCCCGAUACAUUUGAAGAGAUACAAUUUUUCAAUGGUAAAAAUUAUUACAAAGGCCUCGACUGGUACAUGAGCUUUUUCCCUGUAACGAAAAACGAGAGCUUGCGCUACCUGUUUGAAAAGUCAGCGACCUACUUCGACGGCGAAUUGGUUCCUCGCCGAGCUCACGCCCUUCUUCCAAAAGCCAAACUUAUUACGAUACUGUUGUCACCGGCUCGAAGGGCCUACUCCUGGUAUCAGCAUACGAAGGUACACGGCGACGUGAUCGCUAAAAACUAUUCGUUUCACUCGGUCAUCACGGCAACGGACACGGCCCCGAAAGCUCUGAGAGACUUGAGAAAUAGAUGUCUGAAUCCAGGAAAAUACGCUCAACAUCUAGAAAGGUGGCUAUCCUAUUAUCCAGCUCAGCAGUUACACAUAAUCGACGGAGAGCAAUUGCGCCAGAAUCCCGUGGAAACGCUUCACGAGCUUCAAAGGUUUUUGAAAAUAACGCCGACGUUCAAUUACUCGACGCACUUGAGGUACGAUCCAAAGAAAGGCUUUUUUUGUCAGGUAACGAAUGAGGAUCGUACCAAGUGUCUCGGAAAGAGUAAAGGUCGUCAAUAUCCACCAAUGGAGGAUAGGUCUUAUAAAUUCCUUCAGAGGUACUACUUAUCGCACAACACAGCGCUCGUGAAACUUCUUAAACGUCUGGGUUCGCGCACAAUACCGCAGUGGUUGAAAGAAGAUCUCACCGACACCGUGAUGACCUAGCAAACGCUUCUCCAAUGAAAUAACGCCAGCGAGUCAACGUUCAACGAGUUUCUUCUCGCCGUUGUCUCAGCUCUGCCUGACCUCAUGAUGCAGGACAAUAAUUUGUAAUAUAUUUCAAUCUGUUUGUACAAUGAAUAAACUUUUUAGUGCAAUGAGACGCAUUGCUAGAAAAAUUUUCAUGGCAGUGCCUGUUUUCAAGGAUAAGGCCUCAACAAAUAUUAUAAUAAAAAAAUCAAAAGCUAGUCAUUAAGUAAUGUUGUGCUAUUGUACAGGCAGCGCCUAUACGCACACAAGAAUGAUUUUAGUGUGUCAUGUAUGUGCCUGAAUUAUGUUUGGUCUGGGAAAUAUUUUAGAAGUUUUUUAAUGAGUACGAUUAAUAAUGAAAUUUAUGUAAAAAUCUGAAUCGACAAGUUAAAAAACUUUUUGUGAGUUAUUCUUAAAUUUAAAAAUAACUUGCUGUCUAUAUUAAAUGCUUAAGUUAGGUUUUGUUUGUUUUAUGCAUAUCCAUGUUAAUUCUCUUGAAGAUUGCUUUUGGAUAAAAGUUUUUGACAAAUUAAAUGUAUCGAGCUUAAACUUUGCAAUAUAAUUGUUUAUUAGUUUUGUAUAAGAAUUUGUUAUAUAGAUAAAAAAAAUUGAUUGGCCGAUUAAAAUUUAAGAUUUUUUAAGAAAUAUAUAACGUCAAUUCCAAUUUCUGCUAAGCAUAAUUUAAGUAGUAACAAGAAAUAUUAUUUAUUUGUUGUUGUAUGUAAAGUUUAACGAAUUUAAUAUGAAUGUAUGAAUAUAGUAAGGUCACUCUUUGUACAUUUUGACAAUACUGUUGAAUGAGUAAUGAAUAUUUGAUAUAUUAUAUAUAUGCGCGUGUAUUUGUAAAUUCAUCUCUUUGUAAAUCAUGUAAAAAUUAUGUGAAUUUAUUACAUUUAUAGUUAACAAAUAGGUUAAAUCUAUCGGUUAUUUUUUCGAGUCAAAAAAAACAAAUGUUAGUCUUUUGUAAUAUAUCUUUUUAUACAAUCUCUAUAUUUUUUAUUAACACGUUAAAAAACUAUGUAUAAUUUUAAUUUUGCCAUCUUUGCUAGAUAAUUGUAUAUUAACACAUAUUAAAUACUUUUUUAGUAUACAUAAGAAUUGUUUAAAGACUUGAAGAAAUAUUGUUUAUUUCAAUUUGAUAUUAAAAUUACUGUCUCCAGAAAAAUAUAACAAAAAAUUAUUUUUUAUUAUUGUAUUCAUUUAACGGCUUUUACAUAAAACAUACAUUUUAUCUGUAAAUGUAAGUGGUUUCAUUUCUUCGUGUAAUUUCUAUCUAUGUCAGUUCAAACGUCGAAUUAUUAUGAAGCAAAAUAUUUCAAGCCAAGUUAAGAAUAUAAAAGAUAUCAUGAAAAACAGUAAUAUGCCAUGUUUAUAACAGUAAGAUUAUCAGAAAUAAACGUGCAUCGUAGUAAAAA